CACUCGACAGUGAGAGCAAUGAGCAACUGUUUGGAAAGAGCUGUGUUGCAGUGCAGACAGAUGUCAGCUAAGACUGAGAGACAGACCACGUGGAAUCAUAAACUGCUGUCAUGAUUUACAGUACUGAAGAAGACAACUUGUGCUUGGUUCCUAUUCCACCUUCUUGUCCCCCUUUCUGAAGUAACGGAGAGCAAGAAGCUGUGGGAGAAAGCAGGGGAUUACGGAAGAGACACUUAGUAUUGCUGGGUUUGAAAUACACAGGGAUUCCUGGUCCAAAAAGGCAAGUACUGAAAAGUGGGAUGAAUGCUUUCAGCGUUCAUAUUGGGAUUGUUUGAUAGGUGAGCAUUUGUGCAGUAGAAGAGAUGAGUUGGGCACGUGGGUGCGAGAGAUGUUUGGAAUAGGUCUGAGUGAAUUUGGAAUUUCCUAGGAAUGAGGUGGAAUAGCUGUCAGCCUCUUUAAAGUCCUCUGUUCUGGAGAAAGAACCCUUUACGGGUGUCUGAGAAAAGUAGAAUGAAGACAACAAAUUCUCUACCUGAAAUGGGGGACUGAAGUACAGCAUGGGUCCAGGGAAUGGAACUGCAGUUACUGAGUUCGUCCUAGACGGCUUCUCAGGGCUCACCCAAAGACUGCAGCUAUUUCUCUCUCUGGUCAUUCUGCUCAUGUACCUGACAACAGUGAUCGGGAAUGCAACCAUCAUCUUCCUUGUGUGUGUGGAUCACCACCUGCAAACCCCUAUGUACUUUUUCAUCAGCAAUUUGGCCUUCCUGGAAAUCUGGUUCACAUCCUCCACAAGUAUCAAGUUGUUUGUGAUCCUGGGUUUUGGAAGGAGAACGAUUUCACUAGGCACCUGCUUUGCUCAAUCCUAUUUCUAUUUUGCCCUGGGCUGUACAGAAUUUGUUCUGCUUGUUGUCAUGUCCUUUGAUCGCUAUGUUGCUAUCUGCCAACCUUUGCAUUAUGCUGCCAUCAUGAAGCCUCAGCUCUGCAUCUACUUAGUUGUUGCAGCUUGGGUCAUAAGCCUCACACUCUUCAGUUACCGCCUGGUUCUCCUCUAUCAGUUGACUUUCUGUGGCUCAAACAAGAUCCACCAUUUCUUCUGUGACAACUCCCCCUUAUUCAAACUGUCCUGCUCUGACACCAGUCUGCUUUGGAAAACAGACUCUGUUUUAGCAUCAUUUGUCAUCCUGGGUUCCUUAUGUUUAACUCUGGCAUCCUACAUGCGCAUCCUUUAUUGUAUACUGAACCUUCCAGCAGCUUCUUGGAGGAAUAAAGCUUUUACCACAUGUUCUUCCCAUUUCACCACCUUAGCUAUCGCCUAUGGGAGCUGCAUUGCUCUCUAUGCAUGUCCUUCAGGAGGUGUUCAGUUAAGGACCAACAGAAUUGUAGCUUUGCUGAACACUGUUCUGUACCCAUUCUUAAAUCCCUUCAUCUACAGUCUUAGAAACAAGACUGUGAUACAGGCCCUGAACAAAGCCAUCGCCCAUGCAACAAUGCAGCUUUUCCACUUAUUGCGAUGCAUUUCUGGACAGCGAUUCCACUGAUCUGCUGUCAUACUUCCAAUAAUAUCAGUGCCUCCAAAUACAGCUGCCUCAGCUUUAUGUUCUUGUCGGAUUGUGUUAGGAUAAAUGAUAAAAAUCUCAUCUGCACACACAAAGGACAAUGUGAAAUCCCAAGUUAUCGGCUGCUGAGGAAUGAAUGUCUUGUCCCAGCUUCUUCCAGGGAUGCCCUGGGAGAGCCAUCAGCCCCAUUGUCCAUUGAGAUGAGUCCUUGAAAGCAGCUCUCUGGAUCUCUAUUUGGACUAAGGGUGUUGUUGCCUACGUCUGCAGGACACAUUAUGGGAUGCAGGACAAGACCAUUUUUGGAUUGCACGGGACUUCUUUUGUGAAGUUGAUGGGAGGACCUCACAAGUGCAAUCUGUUGCGUCUUUUAAUCAGAUUUAAUUUCUAACUCUUUGCUGCACGAGUGAAUCUCUCUCUCACUGUGAAUGUGUGAGCACGAGGCUGUGCGGGCAGUAACUGGAGCAGGACCGUAUGUCACUGGUGACAGCGACUGAGGGACUGGAGUGACUGCAGUUAAGAGUAUGUGUCUGUGCGUGUGUGACUGGGGUGGUCUCUGCCUUCGUCCGGAAUGGGGCUGCAGCCGCUGAGGCUGGUAUUGAGGGGCACUUACUGAGCAGAGUGAGUGCCUGAGCUCAGCUGCAGGAGGGAUCCAUCCUGCACAGCCAUACGUAGAGACUGGAUUUUGUGGUUUGAGCUAAGGCAUAACCACUUUUCUCAUUUCAGCUUAGUCUCAUUUGAGUAACUUCGUUUCCUGGAAGUUCACUGCAUUUGUUUCAGACAGGGUUUGUCUCUGGCAGUGAUCACACAAGGCACUGGGAUGCACAAAGGCCAUUGCUUGUGCUUCUUCCUCCAGAAACCAAGGCCAUCCUCAGGCUGGUAGAGCCAUAAGUGAGAUCAGCAAAAAAGGAUAUCACCUGCAGGGAGGGACGGACAGGACAGGAGACCCCAAAAUGACCAACAGAGGAUUCCAUCCUAUAUACUCCUCACUUGAGAUAAAACUAGAGUUCACUAGGGUCACAUUCUCUUCUUUGAUGGCAGACUUCUGGUGAGGACCUCGACUGUCUCUUUGCCCCUGAUCCCACACCCAUGUAUUCCUGAAUCCAGUUCCUGAGUCCUCCCUCCCAGUACUCACCCUUUUC